AUGGUGGAUCUGAUAACUCUAAACGAGCCUGGACUCUGGACGCGGUGGAAUCUCAACACGGGUUACGCAAUUCUCCCAGCGCUUAUUCCCGACAUCCAGAAGGUCUACGACUCGUAUUUCAAAGCCUUCACCGGUGAUGAGAUGGGAGAGAUCAUGGUUAAAGUCCUUUUCCCCAACGGCACAAACUCUGAAGAGUUCCGUAAGGCACACACUGCUGGCACCUUGGCCUGGUGGCAUCACAGCGACUGCCAGUACACCUACAAGUGCGUCGACACCGAGACUGGCGAGAUCGUCGGCAUGGCGCUGGGCGACAUCUACCUCAGAGAGCGUACUGAGGAGGAGCGCAAGAACCACGGUGUUGGUUGGAUCGAAGGCAAGGACAGAGAGCGAGCCGAGGCUGUUCUCAACCCCCUGCACGAGGCUAGAGAGAAGCUGUUUGGUGGGCGCCGUUACAUCUACUCUCAUGUUAUUGCCGUCGAUCCCAAGCACCAGGGCAGGAAGGCUGGAGCCCUCUGGUGUAAGUGGGGAGCGGAACUCAGCGACAGCCUGGGCCUCCCUCUGUACUUUGAGUCAUCCCCUUCCACAUACAAGCUCUACGAAAAGAUGAGCUACGAGACUCUGGAUGAGAAGAUUGUCCACAGCGCGGAGCUCAUGGAACAACCGGAAGACACAGUCGUUCCCCUCAUGGUCAAGAUGCCUGCAUGUGCAGGGGGCAUGACUUUCAAGGAGUGGCGUGCUGCAGGAUACCCUCCCUUCAACAAUGUCAAGAGUAUCCCGGCGGCUCCCGUAGUCGAUAUGAUUGGUGUCGACCAGAAGGCUAGCAAUGGUGCCAUGUCUGUGGAGGUGCAGGUUCAGGAGGUACAUGUUUGAAAAGAGGGACCUUGUUUUUGAUAUUGGCGUUCUAGCAUGCUUGAAAAUUCCCCUAUUUGAUUAAUGCAAUCGACUUGUAUAAUGCUUAUUUUGUCUGUUAAUCAUGUCUCCCCGCUACCUUUCAAAGGGUCUUUUGCAGGCGAGGUCUGUCAUGGAGAGCCAUGACUCGUUGCUUGGAUGGCCCUGGUUCGGUUCUCGGAGUGGAAAUUAGGCUCCUUGGUCCGGAACAGGGGCACCGGCGUCGGCAGGAUCUCAUUACUGUUGGCCGUACGGACCCACGGUGCUGUUUAUACCGUCUUUGGAAUUCCGUACCGAGCGUGGUGAAAACAAUGCAGUCUUUUCCACUAGAACUUAGGGAGAAAUGUGCGAGGGUUUCUCCUCCGGCGGAGACUUUUGUUUGUACGUAAUAAACGCUCGCAACCGUCCCGAAAGUGUGGCACGUUGUCUUAGCGCCCAAACUCUUGGAAGAUGGAAGUCAUUACAGAG